AUGCCGCACGAAAUUGCCGACUCGGACGCUGAAUCCGAUUUCAAUUCGCCUACCAAGCAGCCAGUUGCUCCCAAGAACGUUGUGGGAGAUGCAGCUCCGAGCCAGGCGUCACUUUCCGGCUACGACUUUGACCAGUUCCUGAAUUCCACGCAGAGACUGUCGUCUUUCUCGCCAACCCAGCAAAACCCUGAUAUGCGACUUAGGAGCUCUGGAAGUCAUCUUGAUGGAACAUCCGACGCUGUCAACGCCACCGCUGCCCGGCCAAAGAAGAGGCCUCACAGUGCCCUGCACGAGAGCUCGAAUGAUCUGCAGGAGAGCAGUGGUUUGAAAGAACCGGGUUCCAGGAAGGCUAAAGUUUAUGGCCAUCCUUCAAGGUCUCGCACGGUCCAUGAUGUUCAAUUGUUCACGAGCGCAGCAGAGUCUUCGUCAGAGCUUUGCAAUACUGAACCAACGGUCCCGGCCCAAAACGUGUUGGAUCAGCCCCUGUCAGAUCUGGCACAGGAAACAAGUGUCACGAAUGCUUCUCUAUCACCGAACCUUACCCUUCCUAGUGGGAUCCUUAGCCUGAUCGGUCAAUCUCCGACAGAUGGAUCACAUCGCCUCACGACUUCAGUGGCUUCCAUGGGACAGUACGAGUGCCUCAAUCUAGAUUUUCGUGGCUCAGGACAAGGCUUGGACAUCAACACCAACCCAUUCGGUUCCUUGAGUCAGGUGUCUUUGGAUGAAGAUCCCAAUCCAGCUGAGACUGAACGGUUGGCGAGCGUGUUCCUCUUGACCGAAAAUCAACUACACGUGGACCACAUGAAUCAGAGUACUAUAUCCCCAAACUCUGUAUUGCACGACAAUCAAACUCCCAACCUGCCACAAGUCGACCCGGACGCAGCCUUGACGGCGAACCCUUCUCGCCUUCUGCAAGAUGAUGGAGAUACAUUUUAUGCUGUCUCGGACGGUCGUAAUCCCGAACUUGAAGUCACAAUGGGGGCGCCUGAUAUACCAGACCACUCGGACGUCGCUACGGCUGAUUCCGAGAGGCCCCAGCCAAAAAAGCGUGGGCGUAAACCGAAGAAUCCCCGUAUGGCUUCCAAGUCUCCAGCGCCUCGAGUUUUAGAAGAUAUAGACGAACUCGCAUUACCUCACUUACUGCCACAGAAUCGGUCUCGACGAGGGACGCUCGAUUCACUGUCUCAAGCAUCUCAGACUUCCGCUACCACUGCUCCGAGCAAAAAGCGGAAGCGGGGAAAAUCAACAGAGGUUGUUGAAGAUGAACAGCAAGGACAGCAGACCACGGAAAGCUCUCCCACGAAACAAAUAGCAAGCGAACCCAAUCUUAGCGAUGAAUCACUGAUUGGACUACCCAAGGAACAAUACAAGCCACGACCAAGCCGUUCUAGGUCUAAGAGGGUUGUCGACGAUGAAGAUGCGUUUAUGACUCCUCCAGUUCCAGGAACUGCCCAUGAUACCCCGGCAAAGACCACGAGUGCGGAUGCCAUGCAGGGCAAAGAGCAGUCAUCGAUGAUUACAACAACAAAAUCCAGCGCGAAGAAGUCCGGACGCAAGAGCAAAGUGAAGCGUGCAAAGACAUCGGCUGCGGCCUUGCUGAAGAGGGGCGACCCUAUGCUUAGCGAAGGUGAGGACGACGUUGUGUGGAUGGACACGAAACCGGCUCCUGUGAAGCUGGACCUGCCGCCUGAUCUGAAGGUGCUCAAAAAAGAAGCAGAUGUGCCCAAGGAUGAUGAGGAGGAAACAAAACAGGAUGAUCAUGCAGAUACGACCAGUGCAAGAGAGGGGAAUGGCAGGAUUACAAUAGAGAUCCCUAUCGCUACAGAGGUUAAGGACCCGGCGACAGGGCCUAAGAAACGGGGCCGCAAGCCCAAAAAGGCGCAGCAAAGGGAAGGAGUUGAGACUAUCGAGGAGUCACACGACACCUUGAAGCCUCGGCCAGCCCUGGCUGAAAUAUCGCCAAACACGCCAGACACAAACAUGAGUGGUCGCGAACUGAAAGCGCCCACAGUGUCGCCAAUUUCAGUCUACGACUUGCCACCUCCUGUUUCUCCGGAAAAACCAAAUGGCCCUACAGCCUCCGCACUCACGACACCUCACAAGCAAGCUGCCGAGACGGGACCUACCAAACACUCACCCAUCAACGCACUCAACCUCUCCAGCGGAAGGAAAGUCACCUACCGCGUAGGCCUAUCACGGCGACAGCACAUCCCCAGCCUCUUGCGCAAAGUACAACGGGACAAGCCUCUGCCAAAGGUCGUGGUCAGGAAGGAACCGAAAGGAAAAAAGGACGUCAAUAUUGACAAUGACUGCGAUGGAGAUGGUGAAGGGCGUUCUGGUCUUGCUGGUGACGAGUUGAGGGGAGCGGAUGGGAUGUUGAUUGAAUGGGGUGAUUGA